AGGCACUUGUACCCUCUCUGUUGAACAGUAAAUCUGAACCUCUGAACACUACGACUAAAUAUUCUCUAGAGAUGAGUAUCUUUUACGUCACUGUAUGUGAGUCUGUAGCAUGCAUACAAGAGGACUAUAAGAAACUCCCUUCGAAAUUAAGAAACAGUCUACCUGACCUGAUGGAAAUUAAGAUUGAGAGCAUUUCUGUUUUGGUUCUUUGUGUGAUUGGCUUCUUUUUCAUGCUCUUGAACUUUGGAAAUUCUUCUCGAGUCGUAACAGGGGGGAUAAGUCUGCUUUUGGCCGCUGUUGUAACAGUUGCAUUUAUUGUGGUUUACCGAAUGGGCAUGGCAAACGCAACCACAAGCAAAGUUGAAGCUGUCAUCGAUUCGAUCUGGGAUUAUGAUAGUAUUUCGAUGGACUUCCCUUACUCCCUCAUCAUUGCCACAUUAAGUAUUGGCACAUCUUUCUGUGGCAUUGUGCUUGGCCUCUGUGGAGUUUUGUACUCCAAAAUUAGACGACAGCAAACCACAGGCGGUCGAGUGCAGAAUCCGUUUACGAUCUUCAAUCCCAACAACUUUACAAUUCUGCGAGAAAGUCAAAUUACAUAGAUGCAUCAUCUGUACCCUUAAACAUAUCAUGUACAUGUACCAAGAACAUCCUACUAGAAAAUGUACGAUGCUUUAUCCAAAAGUAAUGCCACAUUGUCCAUAUCUUCUAUGUUUGGCGUCAUAUAAUAUAAAAUAUACUAAGUAACAUAUCAAAAUAUGCACAUGUAAAAAAAAUCUAAUUAACAUUGACAUUUUGGUUUAAUAAUGUUGAAAUAAUUCAUUUUAUAGCUGUUUCAAACAUAAGACAUACAUGUAUAUAGGGGUGUCGCAGCGUCACAACUAAACGUCACGUAUUGAAGAAUAUAUUUUUGUAGGAUGAAAGAGACAAACACAUUAAUAUCUAAGAACGUGCCUUCUGUGCAUAUGUAAUUGGCCAUUCAUUUAAAAGACAAAAUUUACGUCAUAUUUAAUGAUAGUUAGAAUAAAAAUGACGGCAUUGUUUUUUUUAUCAUAAACAUUGUGUUUUACUCUGAUGCAUUGAACAAAGGACGUGUCAAAGUAUUGGGGGGGGGG